AUUGAAUUAAAAUUACUCUCCGGGGGUUUUUGAGCAUACUGUUGCCAUGGCGACACCUGCGUUAUCAUUAAUAAGUAACUUGUUGAAACAGACGAGAAAAAUGGCGAACCUUGAGGUAUGUUGUUACUCUGAAAUAGCCCAUCUUUAUUUGAUCAGCUGGUUUAAUCGAAGCAUUGUAUUUCUAGUAUAAUGAUUCUGAAGUUAGAUGCAAUAUCGAAUGGAGUAGGGGCUACAAACAAAAUAGGGUAGAUUUAAUAGUUAUUAAGUUGAUUUGGAGCGCAUCUGGGGGAUUCAAUUUGCUGAAAUGACCAAAUAUUCAAGAAGCUGAAAUAAAAGAGACCAGAGAAAUCACUCGCUUUUGAGGAUCAUGAAGAUGCAAUCUGCAAGAUUUGGCAAAAAGCAAUGCAGUGUUAAAAAAAGGCCACCAGAGAAGUGAAUCAUUCUUGUCGAAGAAUUGUUUGUUUUUUUAAUUCUUUUUUAAAUUUGAAAAAGCAGAUCCUUCAAGUCAUAAGGCCCUUUUAGCAAAAUUCCAAGUAAACUCUUCCUUCUUUGACAUUAUAUUUCUUGAUGUGGUAUCAUAUGUUCAUAGAAAGCUUAUUCUCCAUUAACAGUUUUGACAUUAAAAUUUCAGGUCAUGAGGUAUUUAAGUUUUUCCUUUUCAAAUCAAUGAAUUUUCUUAUAUAAAACACUUCCGGAUUUAUUGAGCAAAAUCUUCUCAUACAUAGGCAGUCUUAAUUGGUGACGUCGUGAGAUAUGGUCAGAAUUUCCAUAUGGACCAUAUAACCUAAAAUUGCCCCGUGAAAUACCUCAAAAUACGAGAAAACCAUUUUAAUUUGAUUCAGACUAGCUAAGACAUGGUCACACAUGCUCUUACCCAUAAAAAUCAAUGUUAAUUCAGGAAUGGGUAACGUCAAAUAUAGGCCCGUCAGAAAGUUUUUAGUGACCCUUAGACUUUCAGCAUUUGAACCUCAAAGAAUUAAGAAGCAGACGAGCUCCGAAGUUUUUUGAAUAGCUUUUUUUCAAGAUUGUGUUGCUUAGAAAUAGUGAACAAUACUUCCAGCCUAGUAAAUUGUAGAGGGAGGUUCUCUUGUUUAUGUAUAGUGGUGGUCGUGCAUCAGGGGUCUUCGUGGCCGGGGGGCAGAGGGAGACGUGGCGUGGCCCCCUCUGGUUUCAAAAUUGGACGGAUUUUCGGAAAAAAAUCACUGUUAUAUCGGAAAUUUCUCAAAGGAGAGUUGAAAUGAUCCUUUUAGCAACAUAAAUUACUUGGACGAAAGUUCUUUCCGUAAAGAAAAUACAAGAUUUCCACAAAAACAAAACAAUAUCUCGGAAUUUAUCGAUCUCUACCAUAGAGUGAUUUGCUGCCCAGAUUUUAUCAGUUAAAAUCCGAAUCUUUAAGUGCCAAGUUUGGUUAUGAAACUGCCCAAUAUUGGUCAUAAAUUGUGUUCUUAUUUGAUAUUGAAGACCGGGACAGUGCUAAUUUUGUGCCCAUCGCCAGAUUGAAAAUUUGUCCCAGAUUUGAAAAGCUAUGCAGUUAUGUUGCAUGAAGAGAAACAUUUGAAAAUGAGAACAAGGAACCGCUUCGAUCAAUACCAUCGCUUUCCGCCAAUGGAUAUUAAUUUUAAGAUUUAGAUUUUACUAUCAAAACUUCCUCCAAAGAAUGCAAUUUCCGGCGAACUUGAAGCAUAAGAUUAUAAAAAAUCUACCCCUUUGGCGGCAGCCAUGGUACCGCCUCGAGUAAUGACUUUUUAUACCCUUCUCUUAAUCUCUCAAUGUAAAGGGUUGUGAGGUGUCAUGAACGUUCACAGUAGGUAUGAAGAAACAGGGACAAGAUAAAAAGUGCAUUUUAAAUAUUUUUCCACCUAAGGCAAAAGUUUAGUAUUCUGCCCCCCCCCCCCUUACACUUGCAUUUGAUUAAAAUAUUUCAAAGAAAUUUUGUUGGAAAAUUUUUCUUUCUGGCCCUUUCUGGAAUUCAUUUGCCACGACGCCCCUGCCAUGCAUCUUUCCUUGCAUUUGUCUUGGAAACAUUGUAACAACAGCCUUUCCAUGCUUUCGUUUUAUUAGGAAUUAAACAAUUAUCAAAAUAUAAUUUUAUGACGUCAUCCAAUGUCGAAAUUCGGAACAAGAAAUCCUGAAAAAUCAGCUUUUCAAAUCAAAUAUUUUAAUCUUGAAUUAACCAAUUGGAUUCCGCGAUGACAUCAGAAUCAGCCAAUCAGAGAGACGGAUUUUAGGCUCGACAGCUGUGGAAGUGAAACAGCGGAACCAAACUGCGGUGUAGAACCAUGUUCAGAGAUCAUACACAAGCUUUUUAAUAUUUGUCUGAUAAAAUGCAUACACUUUUAAAAAGAUCCGCAAAUGAAGUAGAAAUGAACUCCUCGACACAAGAUGUGUCACAUGGAGAAAUCACUCCAAAGAAAUUCAAGACCCCCAUGAGUUUUUCCCCAAGAGUGGUUCCAUCACCCUCAAGGAAAGAGUUGUGGAAGCAAGAGCUAGGCUUUGAUGAUGCUGAGAUCAUGUCUGAUGAUACCUUGUCAUCUGAAGAGGAUGAGCCAGAAGCUGAUCAGAAUGGAAACAAGAGAGGCGGCCACUCAAAAGUUGAAAUAGAAGCUUUGGAACUUGAACUUGAAAGGAAAGAAAAACAAAAGGAGGAGAUAUUAUCAAAACUCAAGGAUUCUCUGGACAAAGUGAAAUCAUACAAGCAUGAAAUGGAAAGAGCGCAACAAUCGAAAAGAAAUCAACUUAAAAUUAUGAAAAAGACUUACGAAACACAUUUAAACGAAAAAGAAGAAACUAUUCAAUCACUCCAUGGAAUUAUUGAAGAGCAAGACAACAAAAUUAUCGAAUUGCAUUCAAAAAUGGUGGGAGAAUCAUCAACAGAAGACGACCUAAGCAUUUAUCAUUCUGUAAAGAAAUUGGUUGAUAAACUAAGUCAUCUACAGCAGGAGAAAGCCCAUCUGACGUCAUCGCUGAUGAAGAUGCAAGGACGCAUGUCAAAAUUGGAGGAGGAACAGGAAGCUAAAUUGAAUAGUGUUGAUGAAGAAAAGAGAACGAUAGAAAGAGCAAAUAGGAAACUAGAGAAAGAAAUUAGAGACUUGAAGAUUUCUGCUGGCAAUGGUGGACCUUCGUUCCAAGAUAACGCAACCAUUGAACAGCUGGAGAAAGAAAAGAGGGUUUUAAUGAGCAAUUUAAGUGACAUGGAAAAUGAGCUUAACGAUCAUAAGAAGAGAAAUCUUGAAUGGGAACAUCGAUUUGAAAGCGAAGUCUCUGUUCUGAGAAGCAAUAUUCGCCAAACUGAGGCCAAGUUUCAGGAAGUUGCUGCGACUCCGCCGAAGGUUAUUUACAAAACGGUUAUACCAGAAGAGAACAUUCAAAAGAUAGAAGAUCUGGAAACAAAGAACAGAUGGCUUGAAAAGCAGCUUGCCUCCUCGAGGGAACAAAAUGAAUCAGAGGUCUCGUCUCUUAAAGAGAAAAUUGAAAGAGUGAAGAAAGAUAAUGACUGCUUCUCGGGUGAAUCUGCGAAGUAUAAAACACAGACAGUAAAAUUGGAAAAAGAGCUGAACGAGAUGAAAAAUGUAACCAAAUUGUAUGAGGAUGAAAAAAAUAAAUGUGAGAGGCUAUCAGACGAGCUUCAGAAGUCAUCCCAGAGUUUUAUAGAACUCGAAGAAACAUCAAAAAGAAAACUUGACUUGCUGUCUGUGGAGAUGGAAACACGAGUUAGCGAAACUGAAAGAAGAACUGUGGCAAAGUUCUCGAAUAUGAUAAAAAGUUUUGAGGAGAUGAAGGAGGGGCUGAAGGAAAUGCAAGUUGUCGCAAGAACUUUGAAGAAAGAAGAGUCGAGGGCGAGAAAGGAUAUUCAGGCGUUUGCUGGUAUUAUAAAGCCAACUGUUCAAGAGACAAAAAAAAUGAUUACGCAAGCAAUAGCAGAUGUCGACGAAAGAAGUAAAUCGUUGGUGGAUCGUUAUAGAAGAGAAAUGAAACUUCGCAAAAAAUACUUUAACCAGCUCGUUGAGCUAAAAGGAAAUAUCAGGGUGUUUUGUCGUGUCCGGCCGUCCAUCAAGGAGGAUGGUUCCGGACAGGCUGCAGAGAAUGUUAUGAGCUAUGACUUUGAAGAUGAUGCUUUGAUAUAUGUGGAGCAUCGUGGUAACAACAAGGAGUUCGAAGUGGAUAGAGUGUUUAGGCCAGAGUCGACUCAAGAGGAGGUUUUCAAUGAAGUUAAACCUUUGGUAACAUCUUGCAUCGAUGGUUAUAAUGUAUGCAUCUUUGCUUAUGGCCAAACAGGAAGUGGAAAAACAUUUACCAUGGAAGGUAGCCACGAAAAUCCUGGUAUAAAUCCUCGUGCACUCCAGUUGCUAUUUGAUGAAGUUCAGGAUAAACUUGACUGGGAUUAUUCUUUAACCGUCAGUUUGAUGGAAAUAUACAAUGAAUCGCUAAAGGAUCUGUUAACGCUUCAACCCUUGGAAAUCAAACAAAGCAAGGAAGGGGUUUUUGUCCCUUGUUUAGAAGAGGUUGAAGUGAAAAAUGCUGAUGAUGUCCGAAGGGUAUUCGAUCUGGGACAUAAGAACCGGUUCACUGCUUCGACGAAUAUGAAUGAGUAUUCCAGCCGGUCACACGCUGUUCUGGUAAUAAAUGUGAUCGGUAAAAAUAAAAAUACUGGAGCCAAGACCGUCGGGAAACUGAACCUGGUUGACCUGGCUGGCUCGGAAAGGGUGUCGAAAUCAGGAGCAGAGGGGGCAAGAAUGAAAGAGGCACAGAGCAUAAACAAAUCCCUGUCGGCGUUGGGUGAUGUUAUCCAAGCGUUGAAAGGAAAAAGCAGCCAUAUUCCUUACCGAAAUUCAAAGCUGACUUAUCUGUUGCAAAAUUCAUUAGGUGGCGACUCAAAGACGCUGAUGGUCGUGCAAGUUGCUCCGGUUCGUAAAAAUGCAGGCGAAACUUUCUGCAGUCUCGAUUUCGCAUCCAGGGUUCGCAAUGUGGAGCUUGGGCAAGCCACGAAAAAGGUUGAAAGUGUUGACAGCCCAUACAAAAGCGAUACACCAACAAAGAGCAAAACGCCGAAAAAGAGGACGUGAAGACACACCCGUUGUUUGGUUUUGCUGUUUCGAGACGAGACAGAACUGCAAUGUCGAUCUGCAUUCUUUCCGCUAAACCGUGUUCUUUUAGGCCAAAAAAUGCUCAUUUUUCACUUAUUUACACAUUGCUUUCAGUGGCUUCUAAUCAUAACUGAUUUGCUUGUCUUUGUGAUUUGAGGGCCUUUGGAGAUGUUUUAUUUCUAAAACCAGCCAAUUUCUAAACAAAUGUGAUUUUGUUAAAAUUGGAAUUCUGUUUUUGUUCAGAGCUCCUUCGUGACAAGACCAAACACAACCUUCACCGCAUCUCCAAAAGCUCUUAGAAUUAGCCUUAGUAGAAUUCGGUCUUUGAAUUACUUUAUCGUAAUUUUUUUGUUCCUUAGUGGAAUGUUUUACUCAUUUGAUAUCACUUGAGUUGUGGUUUUGAUACUUGUCUGAUAUUUAGAAUGAAAUUUUGUAAAUUUUAAAUAUUUAAUGAUUUGGAAUAGAGUUAUUUCGCAAUUCAAAUAAAUUGAUGUGUCUUUAUGUUCUUCCUAAUCUCCACAUACUUCUUUCUGCAAGGAAUUCCCGAAAGUCAAUUUAAGGUUAAACAAAAUUUUAAAUGGGAUAGUCAUAGAAAAUGGUACUGCUUCAAAAUUCUACUUUCCUUACAAAACUUGAGCCUGGAACUUCAUUCAUUCAAUCCAAUAAAAAUGGGUGAAGCAAAAACAUUUUUGUGUCUUACUUUUGAGAUAACUGUCUCAAUUAAAAAAGUUCCAUGAUUAGCAAGGAUAAUGACUGUAUUGUUGAAGAGCAAUAACCACAGCUAAAUAGUCUUUUUACACUAUAAUAGGGAUAUUUUAUAUUGAAAAUUCUCUCUCAUCUGUAUUCCCUAUUAGUUUUCAGUCUUCAUAAAGCCAGGUAACCUUGUUAAAAAAUUGUGACUGCAUUGCAAAUCGAGGCACUUCCAUGCGAGCUUCCAUCUUGAAUGGUUUUAGGCCACAGUAGGCGAAUAAAGAAUACGAAGGCAGGCUCUAAGGAUUGUAAGAUCCAUUUAAAAAUCGUCCCAACAGACUUUUCUUUGGAAAUUCUCUUACUCAUGGGAUUGAAAUGAUAGUUACAGAAUGGUCCACAAAACAAAACAAAUGUAAACUACUGGCCCAAGAAGGAAAUAGACACAUGAUAAGUGUAAGUAAGGUCCCAACGGCCUUCGCUUCGACACCUCUGACAAUACUAUAUUACUCGAUUUAGCUAUCCCAUGAGGAAAUAGAACAAUCUUUCUUUCUAUUCAACAAAAAUGAAGGCUGGAAAUUAAACUUUGAAAGCUGUCUGAAUUUAUCCUGUAUCCAGAAGGCACUUG